AGGUAUGGAGAGACAAUGGCAGUAGACCUAACUGAUAAAGUAUGGGUUUCUUUUCUUUUACAUUUUACUUUGAAUUUAACAAUCCUUGCACACUGAUCCACCUUUACGUUAAGCUGAAAAGUUUGCAAUUUUUUUCCUUCAAAUUGUGUUUGUACGACACGCUCACCUUUUUGUGGCUCUGGGAUUUGCUAAAUAAGCAAUGAUGUCUAUAAUUCUUCCCAGCUGACUGCUUGUGCUACACAAAUUUUACUGUUUUUUUAACUGUAUGCAAAGUAUAUGUUGUUUCAUAAAUUUCAGUUGUUAGAAUUUUUCCGUUUAUUGUUAUUUGUAGCAUAGAGGUCGCACUUGGUGCGAUGGCAAGUGCCUUCGCCCAUAAGCGGUAGGUCUCGGGUUCGAGACUUGGGAGCAGCCUCUUCAUAAAUGGGGGUAAGGCUAGCCGACAUUUACCUCUCCCAGACCCUGCGUAAAGCGGGAGCCUUGUGCACUGGGUACGACAUUUUUUAUUGUUAUUUGUAGCAUGACGAUGAAGGUCAACUAAGCACGGCAUUUUCUGCUGAAAUGCAAAAUCUACCAAACGUGAGAGUUACUUGGCCCAGAUGUCUCUAGAUGCACAGUUGCAGAGGACUGGAGUGCUGGAUUCUUUUGAAAGCAUUUCUAUGUUUGCUCAAGACUAUCAAACAUUUAGAGAUGUGGGCGGUGCAAGGUGACGAGAUAAGCCUCGAGUAUUCAGGGACGUAUGCCCUGAAAGGGGACCUGGUUAGAUAUGGGAAGCAGACAUUUGGAGGAAUAAUUAAAGACGGGAUGAGUGCUCUUUCAAGAUAUUUUUUGAAUAACUUUCAGGAUGGCAUUCGGCAGGAUGCUAUGGAUCUUAUCAGUGGCCGCUAUACAGUUAGAAGGGAUAUUUCACCAUCCCGGGCUGAAUCUUUUUCUUAUCUACCGGUGGCAUCAGCUUUGCUAAUCGGAAGGUUGACACUGACAUCCGUCACACUUCAGCAAGCAGGUCGUAAUGCCCAACAGUAUAUGUCUUCUGUUCUUUGUGCUGGAGUCACUGCUGGAGUAGCGGCAGCGGUUAAAGCAAACGGAAGGCAAUUCUGUUCGAGACCUCGCUUGUGCAAGACUCGUUUAACAUUAUUCUGAACUUGUUCAUUCAAACCGUAGAGUUACUGUUGUUGCAAGCCCUGUCAUUUUUUAGCUAAUAUUUACAAACGAUUUGUGGUUAAAAUGGUAAACUUGUUUUACUAUUUCCGGUUGCUGCCGAUAAAUUACUUAGUACAUUUGGCCACGAGUUCAAAUGGCAGUGCAAUCGGACAUGGUACACUCCUUUAGAGAUUGUGUGAGAUCGAUAAUUCAAGGGGCCACCUUGUUUACAAUAGCAUGGGUGUGUUUUGAUAAUCUUUUGCAAUCCAAACAAAUUGAAAUUGCUCUGAA